AUGCCGUUCACCAAGCUCUACAUCCCUGCUGCACUCCUGCUCCUCGUGCUCAGCUGUCCUCUGUGGCAUGUCGGACACUCUCUGCCGAUGAUGGGUAAAAGACCAAUGACGGACUCCUGCGUCUUACAUGCACGGACGCUUCUACAGAACAUCACUGAUGUGCUUGCACAGGAUGAACUGUUCAGUGGGUUUGACUGUUCAAAGCAGAGUGUGGAGCUGAACAUGAAGACUGAUACACCAUCUGUGUGUGCACCAAAGGGAUCAACAUGCACUGGGAUCACUAAAACAGAAUUUGAUCAAAAUUCAUGUCUUGAAAACAUCGGGGAGGAUUUGCAUCACUACUACAAUUUUCUCGCAGCUCAGCCGAAGGGUUUGCUUGGAACAACUGUUCUGCUCAAAUCCCUCAUGGAGAACUGCGUCCAGCGGUCUCUGUCAACAGACUUGGCCUCAAACCAGGCUUCUGAGGAUGGUCUGAGCAGCUUCGAUGAAAGACUGAGACUCUGCAAAGUGAUGAAGGGAUUCCAAGUCCGCACCAUCACUAUCAACAGGGUCUUCGGAUACAUGAACUCUGGGGUCCACACUAAAUCAAUUCUCUAG